AUGCUAGUCCUUGCCACAGUGCUCCAGUCGCGUCUGACUAUAGCGAGUACAGAUUCGUCCCCCGCGCACGUGGACUUUGAGUACUCGGACACGCUCUGCGGCACGGCGUGGCGGGACGACUACAUCCGCCUGCACUCCGCCAUUCGCACCGCCAGUGCCGCGUCCUACACCCCGCCUCCCUCUCCCCCUCCCCCUCCCUCCUCCCGCCGAUUGCUCUCUCUCGCAAAUUCCCCAUCACCGCUACCACCAACCGCAGCCGCCGCAGCAGCAGCAGCAGCAGCAGGCGCAAGCCUGUCAAAUCAAACCCUCCCGGAUUCCUCCGUUCGCUUCCUCACGUUCGACCAGGCCGGUCACUGCGGGGGUUUCGGGGACUUUCUAGUAGGCCUCGUCUCCUCCUUUGUCGCCGCACUCUUGGACCGCCGGGCGUUUGUGAUCCGGCACGAUUGCAUCCAGUACGCGUUUGAGCCCGCAUUCAUCGACUGGCGCCCGUCCGCUGAUGUUCCCAUGGAUCCUUCUCGCCGCACGAGUAACCUGAACGAGUCGUUUUCGCCGGGGGAGGUUCCGUUUCUGGAUUUGAACGGGAAUCGGGUGGAUUUGCGGGUGUUAGAGAGGUUUAAGGAUUUUCGGAACGUGAAGGUGCUGUGGAACCGCGGGAUAUUAACGGAGAUGCUUACAAACGGAACGGGCGAGUGGGCGGACGCGCUCAGGGCGACGGGUUUGCGCCCACCGUACGCCUUCGGCUGCAUUCUCAGAUUCCUCGUCAGACCAAGGAAGGAGGUAUGGCCGCUGGUGGCACGUCUAAUGCAGGAGAUGCGGGAGGUGCGGACGGUGGUGGUGGGGGUGCAUGUGCGGCUGAGCGACAGUGUGGUGCGAGACCCCCACGCCACCACCAGCAGCGUCACCCCCGCCUCCAUGGCUGCUGCCAUGGCGCAAGCUGCUCCCAUCCUCGCCUGUGCCAAGGCAGUGGAGGACAUGUGGUACCCCCCGCCUCUCACAGUGCGCUGGAUGCUCAUCACCAAUUCAAUUGACUUCAAAAUGGCCAUCCGGUCCCACUUUCCCGGCAAGAUACUGGAGACGGAUUUCGUGCCGCGGCACUCACAGGCGUUUGGUGACAAGGACCAGGAGCAGGCAAAGAAGGAAGCCGAGCAGGGCUACCGGGAGAUGGUGGCCGAGUGGCUCCUCCUGUCGUCUAGCAACUCCUUUGUUCUCACCAUCUCAGGGUUUUCGCGCACUGCCGCUAUGUAUUCCCUAAGACCAAUGGCUAUUUACACGCCACCUCAUUACUGCGACCCGGAACAGCCACAUCAGCAAACGGAUUUCGGGAUUUCAUACAGUGGAAUUUAA